CUCUAUUCACGUAGAUUCUCGCAGAAACUCGUAGCACAGAAAUUCUGGAAGCACUUGAUAUUAGUUCGUGGUGGAACACUGUGUUGUGGAAGUGUCUUCGCGGAAACGUCAGUAGUGAAAAACAUCUAGGCUAGGAACAGGAUGUCUGCUUACGAGUCGGUAGAAAAAAGUGCAUUAAAACUUAAAGGUGUCGCCGAUCGUGGGUCGAAGAAGAAGAAGUCAAAACACAAGAAAAAGAAAGAGCUGAAGGAGUCUUUGGAACAAGAAUUAGAACAGGAGUCACCAGUUUUAAAGAAUCCAGAGAAGACGAAAGCAGAAAGAGCAUUUGAAAGAGCAAAAAUGAAAAGGUUGGAAGAACAGAUGUAUGAAAGAGCCGGAAAAACUCAUAAAGACAGAAUUAUGGAAUUCAACAAGAAGCUUGAUUCGCUCACUGAGCAUUUUGACAUACCCAAAGUGAGCUGGACAAAAUGAGCAUGUGCUUUUGAGGUGGAUUUUAUUGUUGUUGGUUUUUAUUAAUUGGUCAGAGAUGAGUGCCAUUUGACUGAGUAUGCUUUUGAGUGUGUUGUGUUGGAACUGAUGAAUUUUGUCCAUCAGAGGUGUAUGUGGUUUCUAAAUGCUAUAACACCCCAUUAGAGGUAUAUAUAUAUUGUAGGUAAUUAAUACAUUUUUUGAUGGCAUGCGAUAAUGUACUGUAAUGGUUUCUGCAUUUCAAUUUGUGCGAUCUUGGGAAUGGGUUCUGUUAAAAAAAUGUGAAAUGAGCUGUGUCUAGGUUACCAUUUCUUUUUCAUAGCUGUUAACUAUUUGUCAUCUCAUUUCAUAAGUAAACAUUGCAAUCAUUGAA